AUGAAGACAAUUUUAGUUUUGGCAGCAGUUGUAGCGGCGGCAGUUGCCUUACCCGCAGAUACCUACAACCCAGCGUAUGACAACUUCAAUGCACAGGAGUUGGUUGACAAUAUUCGUCUUCUUAAAAAUUAUGGAAAAUGUUUCCUUGUACAAGGACCGUGCACACCUGAAGGAAAUGACUUCAAAAAGGUAAUUCCUGAAGCACUAAGAACAAAUUGUGCGAAGUGCACUCCAAAACAGCGUGAACUGAUUCGUACCGUUGUUCACGGCUUUAAAACUAAACUUCCAGAAAUGUGGGAAGAAAUUGUCCAGAAAGAAGACCCCAAAAAUGAAUUCACAGCGUCCUUCAACGAAUUUUUGGCGGCUUCCAACUAA